UCCGCCAUCCGUUGGCGCAACGCAUUCCAACGGAAGCGUGUGAAUGCUCGGUGUGAAUGCUCGGUCUCGGUCUGCUGUCCACUGAUUGCUGUCCUCUCCCUCCGUUUUAGCUCCACCAAUCCGUGAACCUCGGACGUGAUUGAACGCAGUAUUUAAUGCAGACGGGAACUUAUCCAUAGGAGGGUUUUGUGAAGGGAGCACCGGAAUCCACGAGCGGCCUGGUUGCAUUUGAGUGGCUACGUCUUUUGAUGUUGGUAUAAAGGAGCGUUUUUCCUCCGUGGCGAUUGAGCCUCCCAAGCCAGCUCUGCUACAGGCUUGUUUUCCACCUGGGGAGUUUCUCCAUCAGGCACGCAGGGUUCCUGUGCUUCCUCGCCUGUUUCAGGCUUCGACCUCCGGAGUGAGACAACUGAAAUGAAUCAAGACACGGAGGAAGCUGCAGGUCUGAGUCAGAUACUCAGACCAGAGUCUGCACUACACAGCUGUGUGACCAUGAAGAAUGACCAGGACAUGGAUGAUCCUGGAAACAUGAGCAGCACAUCAACACAGCCCAAUGCAGGGCUCUCUGAUUGUCUCAUCUCAGAAAAGGGUUGUAUUUGUCUGGCUUCAGCUCUUUCUUCAAACCCCUCCCACCUAAAAGAGCUGGAUCUGAGCUACAAUCAUCCCGGAGAAUCAGGACUGAAGCUGUUAUCUGUUAGACUGGAGGAUCCUGUCUGUAAACUGGAGAAGCUUAAAACUGACCAUGCUUCAGUAAGCAGAGCUCGACCACGUUUGCUGAGAUAUGCCUGUGAGCUCACACUGGACACAAACACAGCAGGCAGAUGUCUCUCUCUCUCUGAGGGGAACAGAAAGGUGACACAUGUGAAAAAGGAGCAUCCGUAUCCUGACCACCCAGAGAGAUUUGUCUUGUGGGAUCAGGUGUUGUGUAGAGAGGGACUGUCUGGACGCUGCUACUGGGAGGCUGAGUGGAGUGGGAGGGGGGCUUAUAUAGCUGUGGCGUAUAAAAGCAUCCAGAGGAAAGGGGGGAGUGAUGACUGCCUGCUGGGACAUAAUGACAAGUCCUGGAGUCUGGAGUGCUCUCCUCACACAUACUCUGGCAGUUACUCUGCCAGACACAAUAAUGAAGACACUGACAUACCUGCCCCCUCCUCCGGCUCCAGCAAAGUAGGAGUGUACCUGGACUGGCCGGCCGGCACUCUGUCCUUCUACAGCGUCUCCUCUGACAUACUCACCCACCAGCACACGUUCUACUCCACAUUCACUGAGCCCCUCUAUCCUGGGUUUGGGGUUUGGCAUGACUCAUCAGUGUCCCUGUGCCAGAUCACAUGACCUCCCCAUGCUGCAGGAACACAGGAGUCACCCACUCCUAUUCAUACACAUGUGUGAUACUAAGGAAAUAGUGAUAUGUGUAUUCUGUUUAUACACCACUGCUUUGAUGAUACUUUGCAAAUAGUGAUGUUGUAUUUUUGUAUAUUUUCUGAAUUGAAUAUGUGGGUUAAAAGAAUUGUUCAGCAACAAUAUGAUGUAUUCUGCUCUCCUUAAGGUUAAGAUAUGUGCUGCAUUUGUUUGAAAAUGAUGCACUGGUCUGGGGUGUGUGUGUGUGUGUGUGUGUGUGUUUGUGUGUGAGAGAG